GAGAGAAAACUCAAAUUACAGCAGAAAGCCCAUCAUUACAGAGGAACCAAGAGAGCCACAGACCCGCCGGGGAACCAGGAGCACCAAUCACAGCAGACCCACGGCCCACAGCGGAACCACAGGACCCAGGAACCCAGAGUGGCUGCAGCUGUUUCCUCUCUGAUGCCUAACAACUCGGUCACCACGUACGCUGUCCCCUCCGACCAACAGCUUGGACACGGAGGCUCCUUGUCGGACGAGGCGGCGAAAGUCAAGCGGGUCCAACAGCAGGUCCAGAUGCGUCUCGCGGAGCGUUCGAGCGGCUCCCUGCCCCGGACAAGCACCCCACAGUACGGAUCUGCAGAGUUGAAUGGCUCCUCCACCCUGCGGUACCACACCUAUAACCCCGGCUACAGCGGCAUCUCUCUGGCCCACAUCGCCAGCCGCACCAAACCCGUUGCCCGAGUGUCCCAGUACUCUGGCGGUGGCGGCGGCGGCGGCUUCUCCUCUCGCUCGGCGGUGGAGAUGGGCACUCAGCGGCGCAUGAGUACGGGCGUGCCACUGGUGGCCCCCGGCCAGCGCCCGGCGUACCACUUCCACGACGACACGCUGGUGGGCAGCAGCAGCGGCGGCGGCGGCGGCGGCGGCGGCUACCACACGUCCAGCCACUCUCACUACCACCAACAGCAGCAGCAGCAGCAGCAGCAGCAGCAGCAGCAGCAGUCGACCCGCGUGGCCAGUCGCGCCGCCGAGACGCAACAGCAGCAGCAGGAGGUCACGACCCUGCGGCAGCCGUCGCCCGUGCCCAGCUGGGCGGCCAGAGAGGGGCUCACCUCGGAGCGCUACGUCUACUACAGCAGCACGGGCGGAGGUGGAGCGGGUGGAGCGGGUGGUGUGGGUGGUGUGGGUGCGGGCACGCUACCCAACCCCGCGCCCAUGCGGCGCACCCUGAGCGGGACGUUGGCGCGCGGAGGCGGAAUUGGCGGGUGGAGGGAGCCGGAACUCAUCCACCAGUACUCCUUCAAGGGGCCCGCCCAGAGAACCCUCAGCCGCUUCAGCAACUACCGCCACCAGCACCACCAGCAGCAGCAGCAGCAGCACCACCACCAGCAGCAGCAGCAGCAGCAGCAGUUCCAACAGCAGCAGCAGAUGAAUCGCGGCACGCUGCAGUACCAGCAGGUGGCCAGCGGGGGCGGCAGCGUGCACGGGCAGAGCACGGUGAGGCGUGCGGGGUCGCUGCACAGUCUGCGGAGCGUGGGCAAAGGGGGAGACAUCAUGGACGGAGACGUGUGUGGAGGCAGCGACACCCUCGGAGGUAUGCAGAACUUGCAGGACAUGCCGACAGCCGUCAGUUACCUGAGCAACUCGGACGUUGGUAUGCAGAUGCUGGGAGCUGCCUACAUUCAGCAUCAGUGUUACCAUAGCACUGACGCCAAGAGCCAGGUGCGGCAGCUGAAAGGCAUCCCUGCGCUGGUGGAGCUGUUCAGCAGUGAGAGUCAGGAAGUGCAGCGCUACGCCACCGGCGCCACGCGGAACCUCAUCUACGAGAACAUGGACAACAAGGCCGCGCUCAUCCAGGCCGGCGGCAUCGCCAAGCUCAUGGAGGCCCUCGGAGAACCCGACGACGAGCUGCGCAAGAACAUCACAGGGAUCCUGUGGAACCUGUCGUCGAAGGACAACCUGAAGGAGAAGCUGGCCAGAGAGACGCUGUCGGCGCUCACAGAGAAGGUUCUGGUGCCGCUGUCAGGAGGGGGCGACGCAGGGGUCAUCCAGCAGUCUCCGUCAGAGGCGGACAUCUUCUACAACACCACCGGGUGCCUGAGAAACCUGAGCUCGGUGAGUGGGAAGACGAGGCAGCAGAUGCGAGAGACUCGUGGGCUGGUCGAUGCUCUCGUUGCUUACGUGCAGAACUCUCUGGAGGAGGGCAAAGCUGAGGACAAGGGCGUGGAGAACUGUGUGUGUGUGCUGCGGAACCUGUCCUACCAGCUGUACAGCGAGCUGCCCCCGUCGGUGCUGUUGCGUCUGGAGGGGCCCACUAGGGGGCAGGACACCCAGGAGAGCACCGCCAUCGGCUGCUUCACACCACAGAGCAAGAAGGCCAAAGAGCAGAAGAACCAGGAGUUGUCCACUCUGUCGGAGGUGGCCAGGCAGCCCAAAGGGGCGGAGUGGCUGUGGCACCCUCUAGUGUUGGGGCUGUACAGCCGCGUCCUGCAGGCCUGUGAGAGCAACGCCGCCACCAGGGAGGCCGCCGCCGGAGCCCUGCAGAACGUCACCGCCGGAGACAGCCGGUGGGCGUCUGUGCUGAGCCGGGUGGCUCUGGAGCAGGAGCGAUUGCUGCCGGUGGUGCUGGACCAGCUGAGGACCCAGAGUGACGUGGAGCUGCGCUCCCUCACUGGGCUACUGAGGAACCUGUCCAGGCACGGACGCAACAAGGACGACAUGGCCACUAAAAUGGUGAACAUCCUGGUGACCAAGUUGCCGAGCGACGGGCACCAGAAGGAGCCUUCGGGCGAGGUGGUGGUGAACAUCUGCGGCACGCUCAACAACCUGGUGGCCGGCAGCUCGCUGGCCGCCCGCGACAUCACCUUCUUCGGAGGACUGCCCAAACUAGUGGCCAUCAAGACCUCCCAUGACAACAGCCCUGGGAAGCUGAAGGCUGCCAAGGCCGCCUCGACUGUGCUCGCAAACAUGUUCCAGUAUUCCAAACUGCACAAGGAUUAUAAACAGAAAGGAUUCACCAAGCAAGACUUUGUGGACCCGACGCUCUGAACGCCCUCAGUGAAAGAGUGAGUGAGAGUUUGUGUGAAUGCAUGAGUGAGCAACUGAGUGAGUGAGUGAGUGAGUGAGUGAGUGAGUGAGUGAGUGAGUGUCCAUCUGUCUUCAAGAGUGUUUCCGGAGACCUCCACCCGAUGCCGAGGUGCUGAAGGAUGACAUGAUGACCCUCACAGAAGAGCCUCUACACCCCUACUGAAGUUUUGGUCUAGUACCCUACACCCCUACUGGACCUGUGGUCUAGUACCCUACACCCCUACUGGAGCUUUGGUCUAUAGUACCCUACACCCCUACUGGAGACUGGAGCUUUGGUCUAGUACCCUACACCCCUACUAGAGCUGUGGUCUAGUACCCUACACCCCUACUGAAGUUUUGGUCUAGUACCCUACACCCCUACUGGACCUGUGGUCUAGUACCCUACACCCCUACUAGGGACUGGAGCUUUGGUCUAGUACCCUACACCCCUACUAGAGCUGUGGUCUAGUACCCUACACCCCUACUGGAGACUGGAGCUUUGGUCUAGUACCCUACACCCCUACUAGAGCUGUGGUCUAGUACCCUACACCCCUACUGGAGCUUUGGUCUAGUACCCUACACCCCUACUAGAGCUGUGGUCUAGUACCCUACACCCCUACUGGAGACUGGAGCUUUGGUCUAGUACCCUACACCCCUACUAGAGCUGUGGUCUAGUACCCUACACCCCUACUGGAGCUUUGGUCUAGUACCCUACACCCCUACUAGAGCUGUGGUCUAGUACCCUACACCCAUACUGGAGACUGGAGCUUUGGUCUAGUACCCUACACCCCUACUAGAGCUGUGGUCUAGUACCCUACACCCCUACUGGAGCUGUGGUCUAGUACCCUACACCCCUACUGGAGACUGGAGCUUUGGCCUAGGACCCUACACCCCUACUAGAAGUGUUGGAGCUGUGGCCUAGUACCCUACACCCCUACUGGAGCUUUGGUCUAGUACCCUACACCCCUACAGGAGCUGUGGUCUAGUAUUCACACUAUAACCUGGGCUUGGAUUGCUCUGGCAGACUGGUAGAGAAAUACAGCAGCUUUCUUCAUCCAUCUGUGUGAGGAGGAAGCUUGUGGAGAAGGGAUGCUGAUAUGACCUGCUGGAGAACUGGACAAUGAGUGUGUGUAUGAAUGGUGUGUGCGUGCGUGCGCACGUGUGUGAAUGAUGUGUGUGUGUGUGUGUGUUAGUUUUCCAGAUUGGUAAAACUGAUAGCAGUAGCAGUAGUAACUUCCUGUGCAUGUGCUUUGUGUAUGAGUGUUUAAGUUUGUACAACUGAUCAUUUUAACAGCAGCAUUUGUAUUUCAUGUUUGUGUGUGUGUGUGUGUGUGUGUGUGUGUGUGUGUGUGUGUGUGUGUGUGUGCGUGCCUGUGUGUGUGCGUGUGUGUGUAUUUGUUAUGUGUGUGCGUGUGUGUGUAUUUGUUAUGUGUGUGCGUGUGUGUGUGUGUGUGUGUGUGUGUGUGUGUGUGUGUGUGUGUGUGUGUGUGUGUGUGUGUGUGUGUGUGUGUGACUGUGUGUGUGUGUGUCUGUUUAUAAACACUGGACUGGUCCAGCUAUGGUGUGUUAAAGGCCCGUGACUGAGACACUGACCAAUACCACCUGGCCUCCCAUAAGCACACACAUGCUUCACGCCUCUCAAACUCGAGUCCCAUUCACCUGCACUCGUCCCUGUGGGUCUCUAAUGUAACUCAUGUUGGAAGGCGGACCCACUGUUCGAGUCCUCUUCAGUAAGCACCAUUCUCUGUGGGUGGGCUGGCUGCAUACAGAUGCAAUGGCUUCUGGGAUAGAUGUCCAAAAUAGUUCACUAUUGUUUUUAUUUUUUUCUUGGACAAACAACAGGGAGAAUAAGACUUGGCUUGGCUGGACAGUGGAUGCUGUUGGGUGGGAACCCUGUUUGGAAUUUAGCAUGUAGGUUAUUUCAGACGCAUCUGUUCUUGCUGUAACUCCUGACACACAAACACAAACACACGCUGUUUUGGAGGCAUGUGCUUUUAUUUUCCUGACACACACCCACACAAACACCCCCCCCCCACACACACACACACACACACACUGUAGCGGAGGCUUUGUGUUUGCGUGUUGCCACUCAGCGUCUCACCCUUAGUCCAGGCUUUACUGCUUUCGUGUGCACCAAAAGCUUUCUGCAAUUUAGGAGGGAAUUCAGUCGGAUCUCUUGUACUGUUCCCAGAUGUUCCAGAAAUCGCUGGAACACAGAACUCUUCUGGAUUCUGACUGAGUGAGAUGGGUGGGGAGGAAGGCUAUUAUGCAACAUUGGCUAGAAAACCUUUUGUUUGUGGGCUGAAUGAAUGGCUAGGGAUAAGUAAAUGGGAUGUUUUUUUUUAAGUCAUGUGAUACGGUAGAUAUCCCAUUGGUCAACUGAUUGUUUCAAGCUGAUGUAAUGCUGCAUACACUUGUUAGGCUGUCAAAAAUGUUUCACAAUGUUAUUAAAAUUUGAACUUGACAAAGA